CUCACCGUCCCAUGAACAGCCAUAUUAAACUGUUGACGCACUACGAUACGCAAAAUGUCCAACGAUUUCGAAGACGAGUUCGCGCAAGUGCAAACAGCCAAAACCAGCGCCUUGAGCAGUCCGCGAGACGCUGGCCAACGCCCCCUCCCUUCUCCAUCGAGCGACCCGUCGCGAGGAGGUCGAAAACGAAAAUCCUUCCACGAGAGUGACGAUUGUUCCUGCGACGAGCCUCCUGUUAAGAAGAAUUGCGACGUCAGCGUGGCCAAUUCGCUGCCGCUGCUCGAAGCUGGUCCAGACGAGUGCUACGGAUCGGACGUCAGGUGGGAGGAGUACUUUGGAACUUGGCCGGCAAGAAUGUCGGCGCAGGACAUGGGCCCUCCGAGUCGUGGGGCGAAGCGUUUUCAUACUCCGUCGCGAUCGAAUAGCUAUAGUCAGCGCGUUCGGGAUGGAGACUCCCCAGCACCGUGGACGAGAAGACACGAAGAGAGAAUGGAGGAUGCGGGAAUAUUCAUGACAGACAUUGGUGAUCAGGCCAGGAUCACGGAUGACUGCCACCGGCUAUGUGACCGUUUGCUUAAGGCCGAAUACUCAAUGCCGGCCAACUUAGCGUAUCAACCGGACCAGCUAAAACAACUGCUGCGACGAGUGCGUUUCUGCAACGAAGCCCGUGUGGUUCGCGAUAUUAUGUCAAUCGUAGUCCCCUCUCCCGAGCUGCUCACAAUCCGUGGACAUGCCGAGCUCAGUACUAUAUGCGAAGCCAUGGACGCCGAGUGGACGCAGUGCGCUACUCUGUGUGGCCCCAGGCCGAAGCCAGACUUUGUGGCGGGUAUAUCGGCAGCCACCUUCACGACUGAGGAGAAAGAGAAGCUUCAGCUGAACCACACGAGCGCAUGCCCCAAUUUCUUUCCAGAGAACAUGUACUUCCCUUUUCUGAUCUGCGAGGCGAAGGGAAGCGAUGGAUCAAUCGAGGAAGCCGAGCGACAAGCUAUGCACAGCGCCAGCAUAGCGACUCGAGCCGUGAUAGAGCUUUUCCGGAAGAUCUCUGCCACGGCUGAGGUAGACGGAAAAAUUCUCACGUUUUCUGUCGCCCACAACCAUUCUACGGCGUCGAUAUUUGCUCAUUUCGCAAAGAUCGAGCACGACAAGACAUCCUUCUAUCGUAAGCCGAUCAUUUAUCAUCGAUUUGCGGACGAUGUGAAAUCUACGGGGUGGACGAAGUCAUACCAAAUUGUUCGAGCAAUUUAUGACCAUUUCGUUCCACAACACGUGGGUCGAAUUCGAGAUGCUCUUGCGAGACUGCGAAGCCCAUCCCCAGCGGCUUCCACGGCACAGUCUGGUGUCGAGGACAGUUUGGAGGCAUCGGCCGCGGAACAGUCCUCGUCGUAUGAAGAUGGUCCAUUCAAGAAGCCCUCUCUUCCUGCUUCAUGGCUGCGGGAGGAAAAUAACAGAACCACUGAAAAGUUCUUAGAGCAGUUGAGGCUCCAGAGAGAGCAAAUGGAGAAACAAAUGGCACAGCAGAAAGAAGAAAUGCAGAAGCAGUUUGCACAGCAGCUGGCACAGCAGCAAGAGAUCAUCAGUCUCCAGCUGUUGAAGAUGUCAAAAGCUACUUCGACAACCUAACUUGAUAUUUGCUUUUGAGGCUACCCGAGACAGUCACGAACUAGAACGAUUGGACGUAGAUAUACUUGAAUCAUUGCUCACGACCCCAAGUUGCACUGCAAUCCAGUCUCAAGCAACAAAAUUUCCAGGACCUCCUGAACAGUCAGCCCACCUGCCUCGUUCCACUUUGACUGGGGCGACUGAACACGUUCCAAGAAUACGAUCAGCAGUCCAUAGUCGCCAAAGGCAUCAAAGGGGAGAACCAUACCUAC